GAAGACUUCAGAAAGAUGCUGAAGAAAACUGUCAUUGUGAAGAAGAGAAAAGAAGAACCCAAGAAAGAAGGAGAAAUUGACCCAAAGUUUUGGGAGAUGUUAAUAAGUGCUCAAAAGAAAGACUAUGAGCGCAUUUGUCGGGAGUAUGGUAUCACUGAUUUUCGCUGGAUGCUAAAACGACUUAACCAGAUGAAAAAGGAGAGAGAAGAUGAACAGGCUAAGGUUGUUGAAGACGUUGAAAAUUUGAAACAUAUUGAGUUGAAUCCACACGGAAAUGCUGAAUUUGAACUUGACAUGAAGCUUAAAGAUCCAAACAACAAAAUCUAUCUCUAUAAGGAUGGGAAAAUGAUUGAUUAUGGUGAUGGCACAGAUGAUUCCUGUAAACACAUUAUAAAGAAAGAUCGUAAUAAAUACAAAUUUAGUAUCACCAAUGUUGGUCCAGAGGAUGCUGGUUUAUAUCAAGUGGAUGUUGAGGACACAAACGUGUUUUCAUCAGGAUUGGAGAUUCCUGAUGUUGAAUUUGGUGCCGUUUUAAAGGAUGCUAAUGUGGUUGAAGGUCAGGACGCUGCAUUUGAGUGUGUCCUAUCUGCUCCUGUGAAAAAACUCAGCUGGUAUUAUGGUGAUACCUCUAUUGAGAAUGACGAUAAAUACAACAUAAAAGUGUCAGAAGACAUGCUUACUCACAGUCUAGUGGUAAGGAACUGCAAACCAAAGGACAAGGGUAUCUACACAGUUAUUGCUGGGACCAAGAUGAGCAAAGCAGCCCUAUCUGUGAAUGAACCUCAAGCCUACUUUCUCAGUGGAUUAUCAGAUACCAGUGCUAAUGUUGGGAAGACUGCAGAGUUGUCCUGCACACUCAGCAGUGAGGACAUUGUUGGAAUUUGGUACAAAGAUGGUAAAAAGUUGGAAUCUAAUGAUGGGAUUACUAUUAUCAAAGAUGGAGCCACUCACAAACUAAUUAUCAAGAAUUGUCAGGAGGAAAAUGCUGGGACGUAUAGAUUUGAAGCAAAUGGACGUAAAUCAGAGGCUGCAUUAAGUAUCGAAGAUCCACCAAAUAUUAGUGCUGAUGCCUUGGGCAAGUUCUCAGAACCUGUGAUUGUAAAAGCUGGUGAAAAUGCAGUUUUCAAGCUUCCAUUCUCAGGAAAGGAACCAUUGAAAGUGCAGUGGUUUAAAGAUGACGAUGAGCUUUUGAAUGGCCCAAAUGUCAAAACAGAAAGUUCUUUCACUCAGAGCAGACUACUUUUAACCAAAUGUCAGCGUAAAGACACUGGAGAAGUCAAAAUCAAAAUAAAGAAUGAAUUUGCCACCAUCGAGGCUACAUCAAAACUUAUUGUGCUUGCAUUUCCUGGUCAGCCUGCAUGUCCAAAAGUGAUCAGUGCUUUUAAGGACUGCAUUAACUUGUCAUGGAUCGCGCCACCAAACACUGGAGGGGGCAGUAUUAUAGGCUAUAACCUGGAGAAACGCAAAAAGGGAAGCAACCUCUGGAGUCAAGUGAACCCUAAAGAUGAACCAAUUCGAGAGAAGAAGUAUGCAGUGAAGGAUGUGAUGGAGGGGGGCGAGUAUGAAUUCAGAGUGAUUGCAAUCAAUGCAUGUGGUCCUGGAGAACCAAGUGCUCCUUCUGACUCUGUAUUUGCAAGAGACCCCCAAAAGCCUCCUGGACUUGUCAAAGAUCUCAAGCCAACCGGCUCCAGCUACACCAGUCUGUGCCUCGCCUGGACUAAACCAAAUGUUAUAAAAGGAAUUGAAGAUGAAGCAAAAGGGUACUUUGUGGAAAUCCGGCCUGUAGACCAACUGGACUGGAGCCGCUGUAAUACAAACGCUACUAUCAAGACUUCCUUUACUGUAGCAGGUCUGAAGUCUUUGGCUAAGUACUGGGUAAGAGUAAUUGCAACCAAUGAAGGAGGAGAGGGACUUCCUCAAGCAUUUGACAAAUAUGUUAUUGCCAUGCCUCCACCUGUGAAACCAAAAUUCACUGACAGGAAGAUGAAAAAUUUUAUGGUUGUGAAAGCUGGAGAUACCGUCCGUGUUAGUAUACGCUUUGAGGCUUCCCCUUGGCCAGACAUCACUUGGUUAAAGGAUGGUGUGCCUGUGUCCAAACAUGUGACAGUUACUAAUUCAGAUAAAGGCUCCCAGCUACUGAUUCCAACAUCUGAACGAUCUGACAGUGGCCUAUACACCAUCAUUGUUAAGAAUUUAGUGGGCCAGGACACCUUCAGUGUAGAAAUUAGAGUCACUGAUAAUCCAAAGCCCCCAGGACCGGUGGAGCUUGAGCAAAAUGUAAGAGAUACAGUAACUCUCAGCUGGAUUCCAUCUCCUGAUGAGAAACUAGAUGACCGUCUUCACUAUAUGGUGAUGAAACGGGACUCUGUGAAGCAAACCUGGAGGACAGUAGCAGACAACCUCUUUAAUUAUAAAUUUACCAUUAACAUCAUACAAGGCCGAGAGUAUAACUUCCGUGUAUUUGCUAAGAACGAUAUGGGGCUGUCGGAACCAUCAGUGUCUCCAACAUGGGGAACUGUUAAAAAGAAAGGGAUGAUUGAGGUAAACAGGUCAGAAUCUAAGAACUUGGACUUCCAGUCAGCCCCCAGAUUUACUGUGCCUCUAAAGCUGCACACAGCUCCAAAAGGCUAUGAGUGCUACAUGAGCUGUGCUGUGAGAGGCAAUCCGGCCCCUCACAUUACCUGGUACCACAACAAUGUCAGUCUCAACACAGACACCAACUACUACAUCUCCAACACCUGUGGUGUCUGCUCAUUGUUAAUUCUGAUGGUUGGACCCAAAAACACAGGAGAGUACAAAGUUGUAGCAGAGAACCCUCUGGGCCAGGCUGAAUCAUCCACGAAUUUCACAGUAAGAGAAUAAAAGAGUUCAAACCAGAAGAUUCCUGCAAACAAGACAAAGAACGCUUUAACUGGAUUAAAGCAAGCAUAUUUUUCUGUUCUACAUCAACUGAGACAGAACAGCUUACAUUUUAUGUGUUGUGAAAAUGAUGGUGAAAAUCAGUCAUUCUUGGAGUAAGCCAAACAAUGAUAAAACA